AUGGGCCUACAACGGUCCGGAUCGGUCAAGGUAGCGGAUGUCCGCAUACCUCAACGCCUGCUCUCGACGACACGGAAAAACGGAGACUGGAAUCCUCACCACCAAGGACAGCAGCUUCUGGAACAGCACGGUCCCGUUCAGGAUGUGAUCCGGCGACGCCAGAGAUCUUCGAGUGCGGUCUCGACGAUAUGUCAGGAGCCAACAGAAACCGUUGGAAGACCCCGAAAGACCAGCGAUCCCAUCACGCUGAGGGAGGCCGCCUCCGUCCGAUCAUCCAGUCUAAAUUUGCUGGAUGAUCUUACCAGGUCCACACACGAGAAGAAUGAGCCGUUUCCGCCCCUGGGAAACCCGUUCGCGGACUAUCAUGCUCACGCACACACAAGGACGGAAAACCCGUUCGCGGACUAUAAUCACGCACACACCGACUCUUUCCAGAGUUCCUGGGAUGGAUCCGACAGCGGGUCAGACAUUCGGACUUGGGGGGGCCAAGGACAAAUUCCGCAACGCUCUGGGACCUUGCGAAGUGUUGUUCAGACCGCACGGAACGUCGCCCAAAGGGUACGGAAGAAUAGCAUCUUUGAGGUGUACGAGAAAGCUCAGAAGAGAGGCAAAGAGCUGGAGCGGAAGCGCUGGGUCCAGAUCUUGUUCGAGUACUGCUUCUACACGCUCCUGUUGGCCUUCAUCUACCUAGUCCUCGUAGGCUUGCCCUUGUGGAAAGGGGCUGUCUACUGGAUGUACUGGGUCGUGUCGACCAAGUUCGUGAUUGCUGGGGGUUGGUCAAUUUUCAUGGGGUUGUCGGCCUUUUAUGCCUUUGGUCCCCUCUUCAUAUUCUUCGAGAAGGAGCCUCCUAUGGUCGAGCGACCUGCCGACUUUGACCGCAAUGUCAUCCCGGGAGUGACAAACACGGCGCUGCUGAUCCCUUGCUACAAGUCGGGCAACAUCGUCGGUGCGACAUUAGAAGCCGCCCUGAAGGUCUUUCCGCCGUCCCACAUCUUCGUCAUUGCCAACGGCAACUCGAAGACGCCCCUGGACAACACGGAGGAGGUCUGCCGGCCCUACGGCGUCAACCACAUCUGGUCCCCGGUCGGCUCCAAGAUCGUCGCCCAGUUUGUGGGCUGCUACGCCGCCAAGGGCUUCCGCAACGUGCUGCUCAUCGACGACGACUGCGCGCUGCCGCCCAACUUCCCCGUCGUCAGCGAGCGGCUCAGCGGCAAGGUCCAGAGCAUCGGCUACACCAUCAAGAGCGUCGGGCCCAACUCGUCAAAGGGCUCGUGGUGCCAGCAGGCCCAGGACCUCGAGUACAAGAUCUCGGGCCUGCAGCGCGCGCUGGCUGGCAAAAUGGGCUCGGCGACGUUUCCCCACGGGGCCAUCUCGCUCUGGAACCGCAAGUUUCUGAUCCAGACGUUCCAUGACCACCCGGGCUUCUCGGUCAGUGAGGAUUGGUUCUUUGGGCACAGCUGUCGCCGCCUCGGGGGGCGCAUCAAGAUGUGCACGUCGGUGUUCGUCGAGACGGAGACGCCCGAUGCCAUCUUCUUCAGUAAUGGUGACAGCCGUGGUGGGUUCGGCGAGAUGACGGUCUUCAAGCAGCGUUUCCUGCGGUGGAACUUCUUUUUCGUCAAUGGAAUGUGGUACAAUCUGGGUUAUAUUCUCGGCAGCUGGAAACUGGGAUGGUGGGAGAUCGGCGCAAAGAUCUUCGUUUUCCAAGAGGUUUAUGAGACCCUUCUCUACCUCUUCACACCAUUCAUUCUACCCAUUUCCUUCGUCGUCGAGGCGUCCUUCUGUGGCUACCUAUUACUGGGAACCAUACUCAUGUAUCUGAUUAAUGUCGUAAUCUUCAACGAGGUGCAUCUCCGGUUGAGAAAGGAGAGGAUCAGCUGGACGGUGCUUCUGGUGUACUAUAUGCCCUACAAGCUCAUCCUGACCCUCGUCAACGUCGGGAGCUGCUACUGGUCCCUGUACAAAUACGCGCAGUAUUUCGCCAAACGCCACCCAAAGGUCAUCGAGGACGAAAAGGCCGUCGAGGUCGUCAUGCGACUGGAGGAGGAAGUCCAGGUGCCAGGUAUGGGCGAGAAACAUGGCGCUGGACACGACGACGAUGAAGAGGGCGGUCGCCGCAUGUUCGUCACGGCUUUGUCAUCGCGGAAUCCUGGCUUAGACCAGCAGCGAACGAACAUCCUGCCCACGAUGGUAGAAACCUCGGCGCCGACUACACCCCACAGGCUGAGCUACAUCUCAGGCGCCGAUGACUUCAUCGCACCCAGCCCGAUCCAACCCCUGCCGGCUGUCAUGGCGCAGCAGAAAGUCCAAGCGACGGACUUUGGUGGUUUUGAUUUUGGGACGACUGAACCGCUACGUUCAGGCCACGGAGGGCUUUUCCAUUCGGCUUCGAGGAAGACGAGGAGGAGGAGGACCAGCAUGGCCGAAAGCUUGGUCUAG